CAGAAGCAGACGACAGCUUGUGCCUCUCCUUCUUUUCCUCUGCUGGCAGGUGUUAGAAAUAAAACCAUAAAUAAGUAGAAGAGGGAGCCAGAGACAGCAUCUGUAUUUUUGAGUGACUGAUAAGGAGAUAGAACAGAGCACUUGGAUCAUCUGAUCUUAAGCCGCAGUGUUUUGACUGAGUUAGAGUGCAGCUGAGUGGAAACAAAGUAACCCAGAGGAACACAAGGCGGUCAUGGACACUAUUCCACUUCAGCCACAAUCUUGUAUGGCUUGGAUUUACACAGUGGUGUUGGAGUCCAGCUUGCAGUCCACUGAUACCAAUGAGUACCCAUGUUCCUCCUGAGCCAUGCUCCCUGGCCAUGGAUUCUCUCCUUUCCUUGAUUUCCAGCCUCACCUCCAAGCGUUCCAUUGCAGAGGGGAGAGCUCUGACAUGUGGUUCCCAGGCUCAGUUGAGACCCAGGUUCUGAACGACUCUCGGGAGAGUAGGCCACUCCUGCGGCAGCAUCAACAUAUUGCCGUAUGCCAGCAGGAGACACUGGCCUUCAUUGACCUUCAACAACCUAUCACCAAUGGUUUCCAAUCACACAUACCAGAAAAGCGUAGUUCCUUCCCUUGCUCCAAACCUGUGAGAUGCACAGGAAACCAACCCUCUUACUUUGCCAAGAAUGGGAGUACAGACACAAUUCUGGACAGUUAUUUGACCCAGGACAGCAAUAUUGUGGAGGUGGUUCAGGAUCAGACAUGCACACCCAUUACUGAAGUACCUGAGACUGUUUAUGAAAAUUCUGAACCAGAAAUUAAGAGUCUCAGUUCUAGAGGCUUAUUUUUGCCUCUGUCCUCAACAUAUGUCCCAGGGGACAGAGAAUCUUUGGACUCUCAGAAGCAGAGAUCCCCCUCUUCCCCCUUAGAGUUCCAGAGGCCAGACCCAUUUUACCUACAGAGACGCACCUCACUGGGAUCCCUAAAGGAGAAGUCUAUACGGCGCAGGAUGAGGGUGUACUCACCAGACAUUUUGAGUGAUGAGUCACUCAGCAGCCCAGGCCUGGAGUGUGACUACAUGCUCCCGGGAUCCUUUGAAUCAUUCGUAGAAGGAGGACUCGGCAUGGUGGGAUCUACCAUACCCACAUCUCAGAGUUCCAGCCCUAUUCCAGAUCUAGAUGAAGACCUCUCUCUUCUUUCCAUACCAACCCCUCCAAAACCCUCCUUAGAUCCCCCUCAGGAGGUUUCUGAAUUGGAGGUGGGCGUAAAUGACGGGGGCAGGCAAAGGCUAGGGCUGGAGGACUGUAGGGCUCUGGAAGUUUCUGCCCCCAACAGUCGGGCCUUACUGGCUCUCUCACGUUCCCGCACAGCAGACAACGAGCGCCGGCGCUUCUCUGCCUCUGAGCUCAUCUCCCGCCUGCAACUCUCACAGAGGAAAAAUUCCUUCACCCUUAAGCUGGGCAAGUCCCUCUCUGCUCGAGUGGCCUCACGGGACCGCCACCUGUCUGGAAACCUCAGUCCAGACUACAAACCCAACUCCAGACAGCGCUUCUCAGGGGGAUCAAGUGACAGUGUGCCACAUAGUCCUGUGGGGUCUGCACCACCACUGUCCUCUGCUGACUGUAAUCUGCCACUACACCGGAGAAGUUCAAAGCAAAGUAUGAGAAAAGUUUCCAUAAAUGAAGAUGCAGACAGUCCUCCAAGUAGCUUUAAACGCCUAUCACACUUUCUACCAAACUUGAUUUUGUAUCAGGAAUACAGUGAUGUUGCUAUUAACAGAGAGAUACAGAGGCAGCAGGGGGCAGAGCCUGGAAUUGAUGAUGAAAGAGGGGAAACUGUGUCUCCUGGCAACCUCUCUCCAUCCAGUUCAUUCCGCUCAUCACGAGGCUCUGCCUUCUCUCUUUGGCAGGAUAUUCCUGAUGUUCGGAUGAGUGGACAACUGGACAGCUUCAGCAAUGAAGAGCGUAAACUGCAGGAGGCCAAGUUUGAGUUGGUGACGUCAGAGGCCUCGUACAUACGAAGCCUGUCUAUUGUGGUCGACCAUUUUAUGAUGUCUCCUGAGCUGUGUGAGUGUCUCGGGACCCAGGAGAGGCAAUGGCUUUUCUCCAAACUGCCUGAUGUGAAAGAAGUCAGUGAGAGGUUUCUUCAAGAUCUGGAGCAUAGGUUAGAAGGAGACAUUUUGCGUUUUGACGUGUGUGACAUUGUCCUUGAACACUGUCCAGCUCUACGGAGGGUUUAUCUGCCCUAUGUUACCAAUCAAGCCUAUCAGGAAAAGACAUAUCAGCGGCUCUUACAAGGGAAUCCCCGUUUCCCUGGAAUCCUUGGCCAUCUGGAAGAGGACGUAGUAUGCCAGAGGCUGCCUCUAACAUCAUUCCUUAUCCUUCCUUUUCAAAGGAUUACACGUCUCAAAAUGCUGGUGGAAAAUAUCCUGAAGCGAACAACUCCUGGAUCACGAGAUGAGGACACUGCCAACAAAGCUCUAAAUGAGCUGAAAAAGAUUAUAAAGGAAUGUAACUCCAGUGUGCAGUCCAUGAAGAGGAUGGAAGAACUAAUUCAUCUGAAUAAGAAAAUUCACUUUGAGGGCAAGAUUUUCCCUCUGAUCUCUCAGUCUCGCUGGCUGGUCAAACAUGGGGAACUUUUAGAGGUGGACACACAAAACUUGAGUAUAUCUGGGUCAAAGUUUAAGCUUAACACUCGGCCUGUGUAUCUUCAUCUGUUUAAUGACUGCCUUCUGCUGUCCCGAAGGAAAGACACAUGGAAGUUCAUGGUGUUUGUACAUGCAAAAAUUGAAGACCUCAAGGUGAAAGACUUAAGCCAGAAGCUUCAGGGAAUCUCAGGCUUCAUCUUCUAUCUGCAGUUAUGUGAGGGACAACAGCUAAAACACCAGAUCUUGCUCAAAUCAUCCACAGAAAGCAGCAAGCAGAGGUGGAUCUCAGCCAUGUUUCCCUCUGAUCCAAAGACAGCUAUUGAGCAGACCAAUGAGAAUGAUGAUCUAUCUCAGGUCCAGUGCAUCAAGAGCUAUCAGGCUCAGGAGCAUGAUGAGUUAACGCUGGAGAAGGCAGACAUCCUUCAAGCUAUAACAAUUACUAGUGAUGGGUGGGUAGAGGGGAUCCGGUUGUCGGAUGGAGAGAGGGGCUGGUUCCCCAAAACUUACGUGGAGGAGAUUACAAACCGCAGUGCUCGUUUGCGAAACCUCCGUGAGAACAUUCGCAUUAAGUGUGUCUCUCAAAAAUUAGAAGGAGAGACCCUUUGAGAUAUUGAAGUUUGGUGCAUUCUUUUACUUAAAGCUCAAUCUGCUUGAUCAAAAAGCAGAGUAAAUUUGUUUCAUUAAAUCAUUGCGUAUUUCUAGGCAUUUUUAAAGUGUCUUUUCCAGCUGUUAUGAAUUAUAUUGUAAACAUGCAUUGCAAAUAGGAAAAUAAAGCUAUGCACUGCCUAUUUGAAUAACGUGUAAUCAAUUAUGGAGGACUAGAAGAGCCACAUUCAAUAAAUUAAAGAAAUCAAUUUGUAAUUUAUAAAAAAAAUUAUAAAUGAAACAUAAAUUCCUUUACAAUUUUACAAAUAAAUAGGCAUACAUUCAAAUAAUGAAAAUGUAUAUAAAGAGAAAAUAAUGUAUUAAUGCAUAAUUUUUUUAAUCCCUGUUCAAUUUACAAUUUACAACAAAUUUCUACAUCAGAGAUACAUUUAACACAUUUUUUUUUUUCAGUUGCACUUAAAAAAUUAUGUGUACCAUUUGGAAUUAGCUGGUUUUCUGCAAUAAUUGGUCACAAAACAUGAUCUCAUCUUCAUCAAAGUCACAAGUAUAUACAAACACAAUGUGCUUAAGCUAACAACACACAAACAAUUAUAGUCUUUCAUGUCUUUAUUAAACACAUCCCAUUAAACAUUCACAGUGCUGUGGAAAAGAAAGUGAACCCUUGGAUUUAAUAACUGGUCAAUCUUAAUUUGGCCGCAAUAACCUCAACCAAGCAUUUCUGGUAGUUGCGGAUUAGACCUGCACAACGUUCAGAAGGAAUUUGUGACCAUUCAUCUUUACAGAACGUCUUCAACUCAGCCAUAAUCUAAGAUGUCUGGUGUGAACGGCUCUCUUGAGGUAAUACCACAGCAUCUCUAUAGGGUUAAGGUCUGGGCUCUGGCUGGGCCACUCCAAAAACCACCAUUGUUAUACCACCAUUGUGUCCUUGAGUAAGGCACUUAACUCCAGGUUGCUCCGGGGGGGAUUGUCCCUGUAAUAAGUGCACUGUAAGUCGCUUUGUAUAAAAGUGUCUGUCAAAUGCAUAAAUGUAAAUGUAAAUGACACAUGGGGAAAGCGGGAAGCAUGACAAAACAGAAAGUUUCACCACUAUAUCAACUAGAAAUCCCGACAGGAUUUACUUAAAUGUUUAGGGUCAUUGUCCUGCUGCAUCACCCAACGUCUUCUGUAGGCGCACAGCCACCUUGGCAUUAUUCUGUAGGACUUGGGAAUUAAUUUUUCUCUUGACGAUGGCAAGAAGUUCAGGCCCCGAAGCAACAAAGCAGCCUCAAAUGCUCCCUCCACUGUACUUCACAGUUAGGAAGAUCCUUUCAUGUUGCCCUUUUUACACUACAGGUAGUGCUGCAUGUUCUUCCCAAACAAUUAAACCUUAGUUUCAGCAGUCAACAGCAUUUUUUCCAGUAGCAUUGUGGAGUGUCAAGGUGGUCUUUGGCAAACUUCAGACACACAGAAAUGUUUUUUGUUGGAAAGCAGCGGGUUCCUUCAUGGUGUCCUCCCAUGGAUCUUAGAUAGCCUGUUAAUGUUUUCCUUAUAGUGAACUCAUGAUACCUUCAAGUCUUUAGCUGUCACUCUAUGGUUCUUUUUUACCUCAUUGAGCAUUCUGCGGUGUGACCUUUGAGUCAUAUUAGCUGGAUGGCCACUUCUAGGGAGAGUAGACACAGUACUAAUUUGUCUCCAAUUAUAGACAGUUUGUCUCACUGUGGACUGAUGAAUAUCUAAGCUCUUCAAAUUUAUAACCCUUUCCAGCUUUAUGCAAAGCAACAAUUCUUGAUCGUAGGUCAUUUGGGAAGACAUGGUUCACGUCAGCAGAUGCUUCUUGUAAAUAGCAAACUCAAAAUGUUUGAGUGCUUUUUAUAAGUAAAAGUAGCUCUAACCCACACCUCCUAUUUCGAUUCAGUAAUUGGAUGUCAGGUUGCCAACUCCUGAUUCUUAUUAGCUUUUGUUGACGAAAUUAUCCUAGGGGUUCACAUACUUUUCCCAACCUACACUGUGAAUGUUUGAAUGAUGUAUUCAAUAUGUACAAGGACAAUACAAUAAUUUGUGUGUUAUUAGUUAAAACAGAUUGUGUAUAUUCAUUGUUGUAUCUUAAAUCAAGAUCAAAUCAGAUUUUAAGACAAAUCUAUACAUAAAUGCAUUUAAUUCCAAAGUUUUCACAUACUUUUUCUUGCCAUUGUAGUUAUUUAUUAUAUUUAUACCAAUUAUUUUUCUUCUUUCUUCUCCAUUUUUUUGAUUUAUGCCUGUUCUUUUUCUUUUCACAUUUGUUUUCUCAAUUUUCAAUUCUCCUGUACAUGCUCAAAAGGCCAAUGUAAAGAAAAUUGUCAUUGGACAUUUGACCAUGUGGAUGCAACCAAUGAAUUUAAGACACAUCCACUUUGACAGCAUGGCUGACAUUGAAGGUAAAUUACUGGAGAGAGAGUGUUGAUUAAUUGAUAUCUGUAGCACAGAUGCUCCAUUCAAUAAACAUUAUUUAUAUUUAAUAAUGAUAUAUCGUUGUAUUUCUUAAUUUAACCCGCAUUUGUAAUCAAUUAAAUAAACAAUUCUGAAUAUAUCAAAUUAUUUGUCAGUGUGCAAAUUAAGUUAUUUACAUUUUUAUUUUCAAAUAACUAGAAUAAUUACUUAUUGAUUUCUUUCUUAUUUGGCACUCAUAGUCCUCCAAAAGCAAAUAAUUUUGCACUUGGUUAUUUAGAAUAGGUAGCACUUCAAGUGAUACUAACUAUGGUUCAGUUCUUUUACUCGCUUUAGCUAUGACCAGCAUGUGUCUUUACUGCUUGUAGCAUAUGGUGCUGAGCUGCCCAAGGCUCAUCAUAUGGAUCUGUUGAAAUAUUUAGUAAGGUAACAUUAUCCAAUUUAACUUAGUUUUAAGUGGUAUAUCAACCAUUACAUGACCAAGUGUUUUUUAAGCAUUUAACUUGUACAUGGGGUCUCAGAGACACCUGAAUCUUGGAGGUAAAGUGAGAUGUUUUAUGCUCUUGUCAUUAGUUGAUUCACUGAGGCAGAAAUGUAGUAAAGCUACAUGUUUGCUAAUCUAGUGGUAUGUUGGAACCAAAUUUUGGACAUUUCAAAUGAUGUUGCAGUUGCAACAUAUACUGUAUAUUAGUUUAUGCUACUAUUUUAAGAGGAUCAUUUACUCAAUAGAAGCGGAAUAAUUAUAGGAAGUAUGGCAAACUUUCAAAUUAUUACUAUCAUUUAUGUCAGUGAUACUCUUGUUUCUUUUCUCUUUUUUUUGUAAUAUAGAUUUGUGUUCAAAUUGUUUGUGGAUUAUUGAUAUUCUGAGCAUGUCUUGUAAAUCACAUUUGAAAUGUAAAUGUAAAUAAAAUAAAAUAAAUGCAUAUAUUC